AUGUCGGAAAAUUCCCCAGCUAUCGCAGCCCCUGCACAAGAAAUUAAAGUUGAUGCUUCUGCAGUCAAACCCACUGCUAACCUCACUCACGGUGCUAAAUCCUUUAAUAAUGAGAAAUCGAGAGGCUCAAACCAGGGUCGUGGUGGUAGAGGCAGGGGACAAGGUAGCAGAGAUCGUAAGGGGGGCGGUAGAGGGUUUGGAUCCAAGGAUCCAAAUGGUCGACAAAAAAAAAAAGAUACCGGACGUGGUGAUUGGAAUCGUGGGAACGUAGGUAAACGCGAAAGAAGUCAUACCGAACAAGAUGUCAAACGUCGAAAAAUUGAAGCGGGCGAUGAAACCCUAGAUCCAACUAUUUCGUCGACGAAAAAUGAUGACGAUACAGAGGAGCGUAAACCAAAACGGAAAGUUGCUGUUAUGAUUGGAUAUGCUGGGACUGGCUACAAAGGAAUCCAAAUCAAUGCAGGAGAGAAGACGAUAGAAGGUGAUAUAUUCAAGGCGUUUGUUGAGGCUGGUGCUAUCUCAAAAGCAAACGCCAAUGACCCCAAAAAGUCUUCUCUUGUUCGAUGCGCACGAACAGAUAAGGGAGUUCAUGCUGCAGGAAACUUGAUAUCCUUAAAGCUUAUUAUAGAGGACCCUGACAUUGUGCAAAAAAUCAACCAGAAUCUACCAGACCAAAUCAGAGUGUGGGGCUUUGAACGAACUAACGGUGGAUUUAGUUGUUACCAGUCUUGUGAUUCGCGAUGGUACGAAUACCUAAUUCCAACAUAUUCUUUCUUGCCCCCCCAUCCCCAGAGUUACCUUGGGGAGAAGUUGAUGGAGUUCGCAACGGCGAAUAAUUAUCUUGAAGAAUACCAGGAGUUGCAAAGCGACGUAAAGACUUUUUGGAAAGAAGCCCUGGAGACCUAUGUGAAGCCAGUGUUAGAUAAGCUAGACCCUGAGAUGAGAGAGGAUGUGUUGCUCGCCACGUUCAAGGAAGGUGAAUGUGCAGACACGAUAACAACUCUCAAAGCUGUAAGUAAUGCAGAUGAGGUAGAUUCAGCCCCGAAGGAACCUUCACUUCAAGAAGAUCCCUCAUCGAAACAUGAAAAGAGCGAGGAGGGGCCCUCGGAAUCAGACAAAAUUUCAGAAAAUUGUAGAGAUACUUCUAGCAAUAAAGAGAUAAUUAAAAAAGACAUGGAAUCUCAAACGAAUGAGAAUAUAAAAAUCGAACCUACAAAAACAUCCUUUAGUCCACUCGAGAUAGCCAUAAAAGAGGUUAGAUCAGCUUACAUCGCAGCCAAAAAACAAUAUCGUAUCUCACGUCGAAGACAGGAUAGAGUACAAGAGGCACUUUCGAACUAUAUUGGAACCCACAACUUUCAUAAUUAUACAGUACGAAAGAACUAUAGUGAUCCGUCAGCCAAAAGAGUCAUAAAAUCGUUCGAUAUCAAUACUAAUCCAAUUAUCAUCAAUGAUACUGAAUGGCUAUCAAUGAAAGUCCAUGGCCAGUCAUUUAUGAUGCAUCAAAUUCGAAAAAUGGUAGGGAUGGCUGCACUGGUUGUUCGAUGUGGGACGCCGAUGAUGCGUAUAUCUGAAAGCUAUGGGCCACAAAAAAUUAGUAUUCCUAAGGCGCCAGGCUUAGGGCUACUUUUAGAGCGACCCGUUUUUGCCACAUAUAACCAACGCGCCGUUACUGAACUUGGAAGAGAAAAGAUUGAUUUUGAUAAAUAUAGGACAGAAAUAGACGAAUUCAAGCAGAGAGAAAUAUAUGAUCGGAUUUUCCGCGAAGAAGAACAAGAUCACCAAUUUCAUUCAUUUUUUCACCAUAUCGAUCAACACAAAUCUGAUUAUUUUAUGUGGGUAACUGCAGGUGGGAUUACUGCGGCUCGAACUGGUCCGGCGAACGGAAUUGAUAGAAAUCUCCAAGACGAGAGCGAAGAUGAAGCCAAUGCCAAUGGUGAAGAAGGUUAA